AUGUUAAGGCCAAUGGAAAAUCUUCUGCAAAGGCACGAGGAAGGAAAUAACCUCCAAAUGGUAGGCAGUAACAGCCAAGACGUCCACACCAUGGAGACAAACAUAGACGGCGGAAGUAACUCCAAUGAAGGAUGUGAAAUACCUCCAACUGGUGACGGCGGCGGCCGUUUGGGAAAGCGGAGGAGAGGAAUAAAAGACAAGGAAUAUAUGGAGCAUAUACAGGGGAAAUACCAGGAGGGUUCCUACGUGAACAAUACGGAGUAUCGACCGCAUGGCGAGGACGACGAGGAGGAUGAACGGUUAAUGAGCAACGAAGAGGUAAAAAACAUAGUAAUGGAGGACUAUGAAGAUAAUUUGUCCGUUGCAUCGUCAGCACAAAGUAAUUAUGGUAAAUAUAGGGACGUAGAUCCAGAUCACCUAAUUUAUUUAUAUGAAAAUGACAAUGUGGGAGGUUUGAAAAGUACAGAAGACUUAGUGGCGGGAGAAUGUGUAGCCGAAGCAACGACAGAGGCAGGAGAAGAAGGUCCUGUUGCCAGAUAUUUAGAUAAACACUAUAAGGGACAAAUAAUCAUCGAUGGGAAAAACGAAGUGGACGAGCUCUUGCUCGCAACCAGAAUGGCUUAUUUCGACAUGGCUAACCAAAAUAGGGAUGGCACCUCUGAGCUGAUAAAACAAAACGCUUCUGUGGAUUUUCAACAAGAAGAUCAAAGUGAAGAAAACGAAUCGAGUGUCGACUGUUCCGAGGAUGAGGCCUUCGAUAGGGAUGAACCUGUCGAGCAAUUUCACCAUUUUUAUGAAGACAGUAGUGUGGAUGACGAUGAACAACCUGGUUGCGAUCCAAUUGUGCGUUUUCCCGAUAACCCUGGAGAAAGCGAUAAGAAGGAGGUGCACAACGAAGAUGCGCACGCUGAGGGGGUAAAGGGCUCCCAGGGGUGCGGGCACAUCACGAAAGAAACCGUCCACGAGAUGAUCAGUGACAACUUGGAAGAUGAAAUGGUGAACAGAACAACGAAUGGGGAGACCAACACAGAGGUUAGCGGAGAGACCCAUCGCGAAGAUGUAGCAGCAAAUGCGAUGAUGGACCAAUCAGCAGAGUGUGUUUUCCCGAAAGAAAAAAAUCAAUUCAGCAAGCAAAGUAGAAUAAGAUUAAUGGGGGCCCCCCAAAGUGUCAAAGAGGAUAUACCAAUAGAGAAAAUAGGAAAAUUAAUAAAAUUACAAGAUGAUGUAUUGACUGUGCAUGCAUUUAAGUGUGAAUUCUACUUAAGUGUUGCGUCUGUUUUGUGCCUUCAGAAUCGAAAGAUAAUCGGGUGCAUCAUUAAUGUCAGCUCGAACGAGACAGAGAUUUUUUACUACGCCAAAGUGCUCUUCCCAAAUGUGAAAAACGAAUUAACACCAAAUGUAGAUAUAUAUGUCGACCAAAAACAUGCAGUGUACAUGAACGCCGGGGUGAACAUCUGCUCGGAAUUGUUCAAAGUAUUUAGGAACCCAGCCAUACCUUUCGUUUUUAUUAACUACAAAGAUUUGUACAACAUAGCCGAUGCGCAGUUAGCCGAGAGUACCAACCAGAACCAGGAAGGGGCGGAUACUAAUAAGAAUGCAACAAACUCAGGAAAACAUAAUGAGCAUGCCAUUUCCAAUUGGCUUCGUAACAUUGAAUCCUCAACCAGCACACAGGCAGGAAAAUGUGCAAACAAAAUUUGGCACAGAAAUAUAUCUUCCCAAAAUGUUAACCCCCACGAUAACCCUCAUACAAAUUAUAACCAUCAAGCGUAUAUGAAAACUCACGCUCCCCCCAGGGGCAGAGCUGCGCGCAACUAUGUCAAUGUAUCCUCUCGCCGCCCUUCAAAUUAUAGGUUUAAAAACCUGAGUUACGUAAAUUCUGUCCAAGCAAACAAAAUGGCCACUCUGCAUGAUAAUGCCUCGUCUGGUAUGCGUACGCGUGACGGGGAAAAUGGUGCCUACGUUGGCACGCCCAUCAUGAAUGGAAAUGCUUCCGCACGUGGUGCUAGCGGUAUGGGCAGCUCCUACAACCAUGGGGGCGCCCAGAACUACGGAAGUGGAAUUGCCCCUGACGUGCCCAUAUCGGAGGUGCAAAGUAGCUACGUCACACACCACAACGCGACUCGCGAGAAGAAUGCGUAUCCUCACCGGACAUACCGCCCUCCGUUUUUGCCCACCCAAUAUAACCAACAAUUUCCAAGGCACGAUUACUCCAGAACGACCAUGUUAAGCCCAUUUGACGAAAGGACAAGUGCCUACCCCAAUGAAGCCACAAAUAACAUCCAUCGUGGGUCACUCUACAGUAUGCACAAGACAAAUAACGCGAUAAAUCGUACGAAUAGAUAUUUAUACAACAAAAUGAAAAGGGGCCCUCCGUUCAGUAACAUUACGAUUGUGAACUCCAAUGACUGGGGACACUUCCAAACGGAAAAAAAAUAA